GUACAUGUCAUCAUUCAUCAGUCAUCAAUGAAAACUCGCUAGGGUAAACCGUCUGAAAAUUGUGUCACGAAAAAUCAACAUCGAAGACAUCAAAGUUCUCGUUGUAUGAGACAAAGAUAAAUAUAGUGUCUCUGUCUCUGUCUGAAACAUCCAUAGUACAUCACGCAUGUGCAGAACGAGAUCCUUGUUUUGUCUUCCAUGUUGAUUUAUCAUGGUCCAUUCUUCGGACGGUUCCUUCUAUAUGUUUGGUUUCAAUCGAGUGUCAACGUCGAAUCGAAGUCUGUUUAUAUGAUCAUGCUUUCGCAGUGUAUGAGUUUAUAUGAUCAUAAUAUGAACUAUGAGUGAAGUAAAUAUAACGUACUAAUAAAUCAUACAUUAGUUAUUAAUUUUAUACACGUACAAGUAUACAGUAUUUUUACAAUACUGAUGUCCACGCCUUAGGACUAGUAUUUUUGGAUUCUACUUGAAUUUUACAUUUUGUAAGAAAUUAUUAUAUUAUAUAAAAAAAAGUUACAAAUUCGGUGUGCUCAAAACGAAGUUCAGCCGCCAAUCUGACUAUUAAAUAUUACUGAGAUUAUAUCUAUGUAUCAUAUUAUAAACUGAAGAUUGAGUAUAUUACUGAAGUAUAUACUAAAGUAUAUUACCACUUAUGUUCUUGCAGAGAUCAGUUAAAAAUAUAUAAGACAGAAUUAGCUGCUGAAGUCUUCGAUUUUGUCAAAUAUCCUAAUUAUUAACUGAUUAUUAAAGUAAAAAAUAACUUAUGGUCUAAAAUGUCUGAGGUAAUUUUCUAAAGUACUGAUAUUUCAUAUUUUUCAUACUCACAUUUAAGCUGAAAAAUGACUAGAGUAAUUAAACACAUAUUCUUGUAACUACUAAUAAAUUUGGAAUAAACAUUGCCUUUUUCUAUCCUACUGAAUAUAAUAAUAAGAUAAAUAUAUAAUACUAUCAUGGCGGGACGUGGCAGGGGAAGAGGUAAACCUUCCAUGUCAAUCAGUACGGAACAGUUAGGCUUUGCUAAAGGAGAAGCAUUACCUCCACCAGUCUUACAACCUCCAUUAAAAUAUCCUCUUCUAGAAUAUAAACCAUUGCCUUUAAAUAUUACUAAAGAAAUGAGUUAUUUGUUGGAAUUAAAGAAAGGAUAUGCAGAAUAUAUGAGAGAAUCGCCUAACAAUGUUUUGCCUUUAGUAGUUAAAAAAGAUAUUGAGAGGUAUUCAGAUCGAUAUCAAGACUUGAUUACUGAUAAAAGUAGUUACGAGAGCAGAUAUGAUUGGAGCAGAAUGCCUGUAGAAUUAAAGCCUCAAUUGCGAAAGCGUAAAGGACAAAAAUGUAAGAACUCACAGACAAAACGUAAGAACGUUGAUAUAGAAUCAAAGUUGCAAGAAUUAGAAAAAAAAGAGAAUUUGCAACAAAGUGAUGCAGAGGAAGAAGAAAAGGAGGAGGAAGAAGCAGAAGGAAAGGAUGAUGAGCAAGCAGAAGAUGAGGAAGAAGAACUAGAUGAGGAAAUGGAUGAGGGAACUGAUUACGUGAAUAAUUAUUUCGAUAAUGGAGAAGGUUACGAUGAUGAAGACGAUAAUUUGGAUGAUGGGCCGAUUUAUUAAGAUAACUUCUACAAGAAUAAAAAAUUUCCAUCUCAGAUACUAUUUUAUCUAAAUACCACAAUUUUUUAUCUUAAAAAUGACUUGCUAAGAUCCUUAUCUUUCUGUUUUAAUUUAGAAAAUUUGAUAAUUUUAUAUGUAUGUGAGAUGUAACUUUAUCAUAUAUACAUAUAUAUGUAAACUUCCUAAAAGUUCAAACGCGGAUAAACAAAAGGACUUUCUCUGUUAACGGAUAAUGUGACCUUAUUUGUCGUUACGGAUAACCAAUUUGCCAAACAGUCAUUACACAGACGAACGGUUAGAGAAGUAGGAUUUCGAGCAUUAGAAAUACAUACGGUCACAAGAAGGAAAUUUUUAUUUAGAGUAUUGAAGAUUAACAGAGGAAAAGUGGUAGUUUAGGAUGUAGAAAGUCGAUUCUCGAUUUUCAGACUUAUGAAUCGAUCCCUGGAUUAUCCAAAUUUGAACGUUAUAUAUAUAAUAUAUAUAUUUAUAUUAUAUAUAUAUAUAAGUGCAUAGAAAUAUUUUUAAAUAAAUAGAUCACUUUAAAAAGAUAUAAAUUAAUUUUUUCCUAAUUUUUCCUUGAUUAAAUUAGAUUAUUUAUACUUUGUAAAGUACGGAUUAAUACAUUUUAUGUUUCAUAAUAAUAUUAGAAACGUUUAUAAACCUUUUAACUCGUUCAAUUAUCAGUACAUAUACAUAUAUUAAUAUUUAAUACAAUAGAAUAUGUGUUUGUAUAUUGCAUAAUAACAGUAAUAAUAAUAAAUCCCGUGACAGGAAUAAUAACAGUACAAAUAUAAUAAAUAUGUCAAACCUGAACAGAUAAAUCAAGUAAUAGAGGAACACGUAAGAAAUGAAAAUGGAAGCAAGACUUGAUAUACAGAGAAUUAUAUCUCCACAUUAGUUGCUCUGAAAGAUAAAAAAUAAUUGCAAAAUUGGUUCAUAUAUAAAGUCAAAAUAAUGAAUAUGAUACAUAAAUAAAUAUAUGUAUAUAUAUAGACAUACAUAUAUAUACAUAUAUCAACUAUACUAUAGAAUGUGAUAAAGCACAAAAGUUCAUGGUAUUGUGUAAAAGGACAGCGGUGCAAGAACAUUUCAAUAACAUUUUGAUGUUGUUUUGAUAACGAUUUAUUAACCGUUUUGUAUCUUGUUUUAUCGGGUUAAUUUUAAGUUAAGUAUUCUUUUACACUUUCAAUACAAUAGUAAUUCCCAAUAUACAUAUUAUUUAAAUAUAUAUUUAUGGCUGCCAUGAUGUUUUAUCUAAUAAAAAAAUCUAAUCUAAUAAAAAAAUGUUCCAAAUAAAUGUUGAUCAGUCUUGAAUCAAUAACAAGUUGCAAUGUAAAACUAGCCUGAAACUUGUUUUUGACAAGAAGUUGUGUUCAUCUGCACUUUUUGGAAGUUACGUUUCUCCCAAAACUGCUUAUUUUCAAUAA